UGCUCUGCCCUCCAAUGCAGCAAAAUGAUCAAGAGAAGACAAAAACAGAAAGGCUCUGCCUAGAGCGCUUUGCAGCCGGACCCGGCGGAAUCCCAGGAACAUACGCAUGCGCUACACAAGGGGAGGGGGAGGUAUUGGUCGUUUGAAGGCGAGAGCUUGCGAGGCUGGGUGCUGGUUUACUCUGAGAAGGAAAGAGCGCGCGCAUUCGCUGUCUUACCCCCUCCUUUUGCGCAAGCGCAAACAAACCUAGCUGCGACCACGUGAUAUGGAAUAGGUCUUCUUUCCCCCCCCUUUUAAUUUUGUAGGCCGUCGGAAGAAAAAGAAAUUUAGGCGGGAAAGUUGUGCCUCUUCGCUGGCGCCCCUGGGGCUUACUGCGCACCAGGAAGCGGUAGACGCGGCUGAUGUGAGCUACCGUGCGAGAGGAACCGGGGAACUACAGACCAGUCAGCCUAACAUCAAUUCCUGGAAAAACUCUGGAGCAGAUUAUAAAGAAGUCACUCUGUAAGCACCUUGAAAACAAUGCAGUGAUUACUAGGAGCCAACACGGAUUUAUGAAGAACAAAUCCUGCCAAACUUAUCUCAUUUUUUGAUCAGGAUGCUGGGUGUAUGUGGCAUGCAGAAAUGUCACCAAGAGGUGCUGAAAAAGAAUCGUGUUUCCCUAGCAAAGCAGCUAGUUCUGAAGGAACUAAUGGAACACCUCAUAGAGAAGGAUAUUAUCACUGAAGCAAUGAUGGAGAUGAUACAGGCUAAGUCUGGGAGUUUUAGCCAAAACAUAGAAUUCUUGAAUCUUCUCCCAAAGCGGGGUCCCAAAGCCUUCUCAGCUUUUUGUGAAGCUUUACAAGAAACCAAACAGCAGCACUUGGAGGAAAUGCUCUUAAGCACCAUCUCCUGCCAUAGCAAUGGGAAUGCAAGGCUGAAUCUUGACUAUGAGGGAAGUCUGUCAUUUCCUGUAACAGAAUCUGGGAUCUCCCAAAAAAGGCCACGUUGGCAUCUUGCAACACCAAUGGAGCAUUCCUUGGAUGAUGGAGAUGGUCCCCACUAUCCUCAGGUGAAGCCAUGUACCCCAGAAUUCUAUCACACUCAUGAGCACUUGGCGUACAGGUUGAAGUCACGCCCACGGGGCUUGGCACUUAUACUUAGUAAUGUGCAUUUCAGCAGUGAGACAGAUCUGGAGUUCCGUUCUGGUGGAAAUGUGGACCACACUGCCCUAGAUAUGCUCUUCAGACAUCUUGGGUACGAGGUGAUUGUACAGCAUGAUCAGACUGCACAGGAAAUGCAGGAAAAGUUGGAAAACUUUUCAAAGCUUCCAGCUCACAGAGAUGUAGAUUCCUGCAUAGUAUCACUUCUUUCACAUGGAAUAGAGGGUGGGGUCUAUGGAGCGGAUGGCAAGCUGCUUCAGUUGCAAGAGAUUUUCAGACUCUUUGAUAAUGCAAACUGCCCUAGGCUUCAGAAUAAACCCAAAAUGUUCUUCAUUCAAGCAUGCCGGGGAGAUGAGACAGACCGUGGAGUGGACCAAGUAGAUGGGAAUGUGCGUGCUGACUCCCCAGGUUGUGAAGAAAGUGAUGCCAACAAGAAAGAAAAUCCCAAACUGCGCCUUCCCACUUGCUCUGAUAUGAUCUGUGGAUAUGCCUGUCUGAGAGGAACAGCUGCUAUGAGAAACACUAAACGUGGAUCCUGGUAUGUAGAGGCUCUCACUUCUGUGUUUGCGGAGGAUUCCAGAAAUAUGCAUGUGGCUGACAUGCUUGUGAAGGUGAACAGAAUGAUAAAAGACAGAGAAGGCCAUGCCCCAGGCACAGAGUUCCAUCGCUGUAAGGAGAUGUCAGAGUAUUGUAGCACUCUCUGCCGGGACCUUUACCUAUUCCCAGGUUUUUUUCCUGGGAAUUAACCCUGCCAUCCUUCCUCUAAGGGGGGCACUGCCUCUAAAGCCAAAGACCAUGAAAUACUCUGCUACAGAAUGACCUCCCUGUAGGGUCCAGGGCUACCCUUCCCUUAUGGCAUUUCAUAUGGAGGGGGCAGGUAAAACUUGUCCUAUUCAUAAAAAGGUUGACUGAUGAGCAAUUGUAUAUGGCACCUGCUCUGUUGUUUCUAAACAAGUUUUUCUGAUUUUAUUGGGGAUUUCAUCUUACCUAUGGAAAGGUAGCAUAUAAAUGUUUUUAAGUUGAUCCUGCCUGGCUAAGCCAGCUUUCUAAUUUAUUGUACAGAUCUCACUAAUGCUCUUUUAGGCAGAAUUUGGCAACUGUUGAGGAUUGCCACCUAGUUCAGAGUUUAUAGUUUUAAAUUUUCUGUUCAUGUGCCAAAAACAGAGUGGUAGAGAGCACCUUAAUGAUUCCUAGCUGGUGGGUACUGCAAACAGUAUUGUGAAAAAAACCCAUAGUACUUUUAUAUGUUUUAUUACAUAAUAAAGCAGUUUCUUUUUUUAAAAAAAUUAUAAAUUAAACUUUUAAGACAAAUUCAUGUUUUGCUGAGCUGCCUAAAAAGUUGGCAGAAUUUCUAGCUGAGUUGAAAAGGAACCCUCAGUCUAAAAAAAGUGAAGGAUGUGCAGACUAAUCAAGAUAGUCCAGAAUAGUUGAGCCACUGCUCAACCACCACCACCCCAAAAUAUGGACACAUAUGCAAUUUCUACUUUGUUAAAACAACAACUGUUCUGCUUGCACUCUCAAAGAAACAGAUAAUUAUUGGAAGAAAUCUUUGCACCAGGACUUUUUUAAAAAAAUGUAUACACUGCUUGAUUGUAAAAAACCUCAGCCAUUUACAAAAGACAUUAAAAUUUUCAGUAGAACAGUUAAAAGCAAGUAAUUCAAACGUUUUAAAAAUAAAACAGCCACAGACAAAAAAAAUUAAAAUAUGUCAGCAUCUGUGCAUCUGGAUAGACUUGGAAACAAAGUGGAUUUCCAUUUUACAAGGUGUUUCUAAAUACAGUGCCUUGCAAAAGUAAUCAGACCCCUGACCAGUGCUCUCAUAUUACUGAAUUAUGAAUUACAAAUGGUACUUUGUAAUUUUGUU